AAAACUUCACUUUAUAUCCAUCAAAUUGUGCACACGGAGAUAAAGGUGCUGGUAUGUUUGCUACAUUUGUAGGAACCGGAAAGAAGUACAUUUUGAAUACAUGCAAUAGUCACUAUAUUGGUGCUCCGUCUGGAUACAACACUUUUGUUGAAUUGUUUGAAACAGAUUGUUAUAAGUGUGUUGACUUUGCCACCAACAAUUGUGGAGAUGAUGGAUAUAUAGUAGCUACUUUAGAGAAGGGGAAGACUUAUUUCAUAAGAGCCGGAUGCUCCGAAGAUACUGAUGAGUGUGAAGUGACCUUUAAAAUGAGUGAAGCAAUUGAUACAAUGAAUUAUAAAUGUGAAACUGCCAAGGAAAUUGAGUUGAGACGACCUGGAGAUGUUUACACACAGAUAGUUGAUGGUUCUCACAUGAUAGUAUCAGAGAGUGGCUGUGAUGAAAUUAAAGAUAGACAAGGUUCUUGGUACACAGUCAAAGCACAUAGCAAUAAGACUCCAUUCAUUUCUGGUGUAAUUCCUUACAACUCACAAGAGUUUGUUGGAUUUGUUGAAUUGAGAAGUUCAUGUAAUGCAACAUCACAAUUGUGUGCUGAUUACAAUGGAGUCUCUUCCUUUGUUUUAGGUGGAGAUAUUAAGCAAUUAAGUGUUUUUGCAUCAUCCAUUCGAAUGACUGGGACUGGCAAUACAUUUGGGAUCUUUAUGUUCUAUAGUAUGUAUGGCAACCUAGAGAGUGGAAGUACACCAGACACUGCGAUCAAAAUCACUAUGCCAUACACAGAUGUGAGACUCUAUGGAAAUAGCAAGUUGUCCACUAUGUGCAGAUCUGAUAGAAAGAAUGUCCCGGGUUUAUACUACAUAUUUGAUAUGACAGAAGGCGUGAUGUAUGAUAUGGACACAUGUGGUGAUGAGACUACUAACAUUCUUGGUAUAGAGACACAAGGCGACUUAUAUGGACCAUUUAGAUGUAUUAAUUAUGAUGAAGAUGCUGUCUGUGGUAAUGGAGUUAAACAUGAAGUGAAGGCUAUAGCACAUCCGGGUGCAAAGACACUUGUAUUAGUUUAUGUUAGAGACUAUGCUCGUGUGGGUAUGGGACGUUUCUCCAUAGAUGUGAAGAAUGCGACUUCACCAAAUGAGAAGUGCACAACAGCUAAAGACAUCUCACAGUUCCCAACGACCGAUUUCUUUAAAACCACCAAUAAUAUGAAGUCACGAAGUAAAUGUAAUGGAGAGACUAAUGAUGGGUUACUUGGUGUAUGGUACACUGUCACUGCUCCAGAAGAUAAGACACUUUUGGUAUACACAGACGAUGUAACUCAAUUCAGAUCAAGAAUCGACUUCUACGAAGGGUGCCAGAUAGUGACAUCAGACUCUGUUGGACAGAACUGUAAAGCUUCACAGACCACAUCAACUUCUCCCAAAGGUAAUCAUGGUACUGCAACCUUACUUAAGAUGAAAGCAGGACAAAAAGUCUAUGUCUUAGUUUCAGGAGAGACUGCUGCUAACUCUGGAUAUGGUAAAGUCACCUUCGACUUUUUAGAGAAUGAAGCGACAGAUGAUUCAAGUAGUUCAAAUGAAAAGAAUAAUAAUGGUCUUUCUGGUGGUGCUAUUUUCGGAAUUGUAUUUGCAGUCAUCGUCUUUGUUGUUAUCAUCGCCGCUAUCAUUGGAGUUGUUGUCUUCUUUAUUGUUAAGAAAGGCCCAAAGACAUCUUCCCAUGCCAACUUCUAA